AGAGUGGAGGUGGCCUCAGAGAGGAGUCCUGAGAUUGGCUCUCGUGGAAUUUAGAGAUUUUAUUUCAGCACAAUAAUUAUUUGCUGAUUCAGUAAGGUAAACUACAUCCUAACUCAGUCACUUUACGUUUACAGAAGACAUUAAGAAUAUGAUGAACUCAGUUAUAUUUUGAAGUGAAACAACAACAACAAAAACCCCAACUCAUUUCGCCGCAGUCUUUCCUACGGUUUUGGUGAGCACUUGAAAGCAGCAUGAGCGUCACUACGUCACUGUUUUCCAACAUGGCGGCGCCCCUGCCCGGCAGGUGUGGAUUCUUCGUGGAGAAAAAGAAACGCUUCUGUAAGAUGAUCGUGGCGCGAGGAAAGGUGUUUUGCGGGGAGCACGCGACUCAGGAGGAGGGCAGCUGCAGGAGGAUCGUGUGUCCUCUGGACCCCAAACACACCGUGAGUGAAGACAAACUGGAAAAACACCUGAAGAAAUGCAACUCUAGGGAGAAGCCAAAGCCUAUUUAUUAUGUGGAGAACAUAAACGCUGGAUCAGCUGACGGAGAGGAGACGCCCCAGCAGGUGAGUCUGUGUGAUCUCAGCCGGGCUCAGCUACAGUCUCUGCUGGACAAACUGAAGGCGGCAGCCACAGGACUUCAGUGUUUGGAGGACGGCUUCCUGUCUCAUCCCGUCGUUCAGGAGGAACUGGACAACCCAAAGAACGGAGACUCCGCCCACAAACACCUGAAGCAGCAGUCCGCUCUGUUAGGUCACAUGGAGGCGCUGGGGCUGCUGGGUAGGGGGCGGAGCUUCGUUGAGUUCGGUGCAGGUAGAGGGAAACUGUCCCACUGGAUCCACGAAGCCCUGAAGAGACGAGACCACCUGAAGACCAGCAAGGAUCUGAAGACCAGUGAGGAUCUGCAGACCACCGAGGAUCUGCAGACCACCGAGGAUCUGAAGACCAGCGAGGAUCUGAAGACCACAGAGGAUCUGCAGACCACCGAGGAUCUGCAGUUCCUGCUGGUGGAGCGCAGCAGCACGCGGUUCAAGGUGGACGGGAAACAUCAGGAGGCUGGAGUUCAGUUUGAGAGGCUGCAGGUCGACAUCCAGCAUUUGGACUUAAGUAAAGUGGCGCCGCUCAGUGACAGGAAGCUGCCGCUGGUCGGCGUGGGGAAACAUCUGUGUGGAGCGGCGACAGAUCUGGCUCUGCGCUGUCUGCUUGACACACCGGGACCAAGACAGGAGACCGGACCACCACAGAAACGCCUCAAAACAUCAGAACCAGAGGAUUCAGCAGCACUGCCAGACCCUGGUUCUGGUCCUGGCCAGGUUCUGGGCAUGGCGGUGGCGCUGUGCUGUCACCACCGCUGCGAGUGGCGUCACUACGUUGGGAAAGAGUUCUUCCUGCAGCGAGGGCUCGGAGCUGAGGAGUUCUCAGCGUUCUGCAGGAUGUCGAGCUGGGCCACGUGUGGAAUGAGACCGGCCAAUCAGGACGCUCCAUGUCAGGAUCCGACCACUCACAGAGGAGAGGAGGAAGAGCAUGAACCGGCGGAGGAGACGGACGCUGUGAGCGGGUUUCUGCCAGUGGAGGAGAGAGAGCAGGUCGGGCGUCUCUGCAAACAGCUGAUCGACGGCGGCCGAAUCCACUUCCUGCAGCAGAGAGGAUUCAACAGCAAGCUGACUCGCUAUGUGAGCAGUCAGGUGACUCUGGAGAACAUCCUGCUGACGGCCGUCCCCUGAACGCCUCACUGCAGAGAGACAUCUUGCUGACGGCUGUCCCCUGAACGCCUCACUGCAGAGAGACGUCCUGCUGACCGCCGUCCCCUGAACGCCUCACUGCAGAGAGACGUCCUGCUGACCGCCGUCCUCUGAACGCCUCACCGCAGAGAGACGUCCUGCUGACGGCUCUCCCCUGAACGCCUCACUGCAGAGAGACGUCCUGCUGACCGCUGUCCCCUGAACGCCUCACUGCAGAGAGACGUCCUGCUGACGGCUCUCCCCUGAACGCCUCACUGCAGAGAGACGUCCUGCUGGCCGCUGUCCCCUGAACGCCUCACUGCAGAGAGACGUCCUGCUGACCGCUGUCCCCUGAACGCCUCACUGCAGAGAGACGUCCUGCUGACGGCUCUCCCCUGAAUGCCUCACUGCAGAGAGACGUCCUGCUGACCGCCGUCCCCUGAACGCCUCACUGCAGAGAGACGUCCUGCUGACCGCCGUCCUCUGAACGCCUCACCGCAGAGAGACGUCCUGCUGACGGCUCUCCCCUGAACGCCUCACUGCAGAGAGACGUCCUGCUGACCGCUGUCCCCUGAACGCCUCACUGCAGAGAGACGUCCUGCUGACGGCUCUCCCCUGAACGCCUCACUGCAGAGAGACGUCCUGCUGACCGCUGUCCCCUGAACGCCUCACUGCAGAGAGACGUCCUGCUGACGGCUCUCCCCUGAACGCCUCACUGCAGAGAGACCCUGCUGACCGCUGUCCCCUGAACGCCUCACUGCAGAGAGACGUCCUGCUGACGGCUCUCCCCUGAACGCCUCACUGUAGAGAGACGUCCUGCUGACGGCUCUCCCCUGAACGCCUCACUGCAGAGAGACGUCCUGCUGACGGCUCUCCCCUGAACGCCUCACUGCAGAGAGACGUCCUGCUGACGGCUGUCCCCUGAACGCCUCACUGCAGAGACACUAUUUUUACAGCAGGGUUUUGGAAUGAAAGUGUUUUAUGUUUUUAUUAAAGACUUUUUUACUGGGGUUCAAUCUGUCCUCUGAUUGAAAUCAAUCCUUUUAUUUCUCAU